AAUUACAAUAAACGGGACUUUGACCUUGAAUCCUCGAGGGGAGUCCGGUCCAGCCACAUUCUAACUUGGGAGGUGUACCUCGCUAACUGAGCCAAGCUAAUUGGCCUGGGAUCAUUUGAUGAAAUUAAAACUGGAAGAUAGAUGAAGCAGGAUGGAUGAAACGCCAGGCAUGGACAAUCGAUGUCCUGGAGUCCAGGGGUAGAAGAGUUAAAGUGCAUGAAGCUUUCUCGUCCCCAGAAAUUGUACUGGAGGAAGUGCGCUUUCAUUUUCUCUGCCAGGAAAUAGAGGCAUGAAAUAAAUAUUGUCCUGGGUAAAAGACAUAGCUCUGCGUACGGGUUCGACGCGGGCAUUUGUAGUCCCCAGUUUGCAGGACGAGGCUGUCCUCUGACAAGUGGAGACAGGAUUGAUGGGCGAUACAAUAUCCCGCCUCCCACUGAAACUCUUGGACGGAAUAAGAGGACCGGGCGUGCAAUCUUGUGGAAGGAAUUCACUGCAUUCGAACUACCACAGAUUGCUGAGAGGUGUUUCGCAUACAUCGGGGCGCGGCGAAAGGCUCCUAUAUUGUUCUCACCAAGGAUAAAUAUUGAAAGGCAGAUUGUUGACAUCGCCCUCCAAGCUAUCUGAAGAGUUUGUGUUUGCACUUAGAUUGAUAUUGGACCGAACAGCCGACCGCCUCUGGAUGUAUUGGAGGUCAGGAGCAUCAGCGGAAGGAGUUCAGUUGAAACAUUGGACGUUUCCUCUGCCCAAUAUGUACAGGGCACAUGUGUGUCGACAGCGCCCUCUGAAGCUUAAAGUGCAUCAGUGCACACAGUAGAUUCAUUGGACCAAUGCCUACCAACACAGGUGUAAAAAUGUCUUCGGUCAAUACUCCUCCUGUGAAUGACAUUAUCACUCUGCAUUAUAAUUAUUCAGGAAAAUUGCACAGGAGGACAGACAGAGGCUCCAUAAAUGCUAAGGAUAUUAUAAUUCUCCUGGCUUGUAUAUUGAUUGUCAUUGAGAAUAUGAUGGUCCUGGUGGCCAUUUGGAAAAACAAGAAGUUCCACACGAGAAUGUACUAUUUUAUUGGGAACCUUGCUCUAUCGGAUCUCUUGGCUGGAGUGGUCUAUCUAAUCAACAACCUUAUGUCUGGUAACCGUACUCUAUCCUUGACACCAAAUCUGUGGUUUAUCAGGGAGGGCAGCAUGUUUGUUGCCUUGUGUGCAUCAACCUUCAGCUUGUUGGCCAUUGCCAUUGAGAGGCACAUGACCAUGGUGAAGAUGAGGCCUUACGACUCCAAGAAGCAGUACAGACUCUUCCUACUUUUGGGGGCUUGCUGGAUUAUCUCAGUCCUCCUGGGAGUCCUGCCUAUUAUUGGCUGGAACUGCAUUGGCAACCUCAAGUCUUGCUCCACAGUCUUACCGCUCUAUGCCAAAAGCUAUGUGGCCUUUUGUGUCACCAUUUUGACAGUCAUCUUGCUAGCCAUUGUGAUCCUCUACGUCCGUAUCUACCGGCUCGUCAACUCCAGCAGCCGCAAGGUCAAGACACGGAAAAGCCCCAGAGGCAACCAAUCAGAGAGGGCCAUGGCUCUCCUUCGCACAGUCAUGAUUGUCCUGGGUGUCUUUAUAGCCUGUUGGUCACCGCUCUUUAUUUUCCUGAUGCUCGAUGUGGCCUGUGACCCCAAGCAGUGCACGAUCCUCUACAAUGCUGACUGGUGUGUUGCCCUGGCUGUGCUGAAUUCUGCCCUGAACCCCAUCAUUUACACUCUGACCAGCAGGGAGAUGCGGGGUGCCUUCUUCAGGUUGCUCUGCUGCUGUUUGGUGGGCUCUAGAGUAGCCAGAAACUUGCCAAUAGCACCGACUGUAGACAACAGCAGGAGUAAGUCCAGUGGGAGCAACUUUAACAAGCCUAAGGAAGAGAUCGACUCCCCAACCAUGCUUAUUUCAGCAUGUAUAGUCAAAGCAAGUGACUUUUCCCUGGAGAAAGGGAAAUCAUGAAUAUUCUUGCUGAAUAAUCCAAAAGCGCAUUUACCUGUAUUGGGACUGUGAUUUAAAGACCAUUGAAAUCAGUGUUUCUGUGUCAAUAUAUAAACUAUUAGUAUUACAUUGUACAAACAGUACAGCAUCACAACAGUGUUGAUUACUAUCACUUGCUGAGCACAUGGUGACUGUAUCAGGUUUGUCGAUCCUCUAGCCCAAAGGUCACCAUAUCUCAAGUGUAGGGAGUGGUGAUGAGCAGAGUACUUACAGUGGGCUCCCUGCAUGUCUCGGUUUCAAACUCACUGAAUGGGGGAGGGGUCCGAGAUGGAAGAUACUGUAGUGAUGGUAACAGGUGGAAAGUACGAUCAUUAGGCAAGCAAGGACAAGGACAAGCACAGGACCGUGUUGGAAGGUCAUCAUCCUGAAACUAACUGUUUCGCUCGCUUUCUAAUCCCACUUCACAUUUCCAGCAACCACAGCAUUCUUGCCUUGGUGAGUGGUCUGGAUUGUUUUUCUGACCCUUAGUCAAUAGGUUUGCUAACUCUAUCCAUCCAGGCAAUUGGACUGGGAUCCAGAGGGUUGGCAGUGCAUUGGAGAACUGUGCAAUGGCUUUGGGUCAGGGCAAAAAUGGUCCAUUAGUCUGCUUAAUAGGCUGUCAGCUCUAUUUGGCACAUUGGGUCUACGAGAGCAUCACAUUUGUCCAAUUCCCUGUCAAGUGUGAUACCUGCCAUGAUUUAGUUUAUGUGCACUUUGCUUCACAUAACAGAAAAGAGAGUGUUUUUUGGUGAGGGAUUGGGUUGGCUACUCUAGAGCCCACCAAACAGCAAACAGGAUCACAAUGGCUCGCAAGAUGGAACCUAGAUGUGCUUAUGCACAAGUCACUGAAAGGCAACAUAGGUGCAGCAAAUAAAAAGGUUGUUUGCCCUUAUUGUGAAAUGUUUUGAGUACAGGAGUGGGGAAGUCUUUUUACAAUAGUGUAGGGCUUUGGUAAUACCACACCUGGAAUAUUUUGUGCAGUUUUGGUCUCCUCCUCAUAGGAAGGAUGUACCUGCCAUAGAUAGAGUGAAGGAAGCUUCACUACGUUGGUUCCAGGGAUGGUGGGUUUGCCAUAUGAGCAAGGAUCAAGGAGACUCGGACUGUGUUCUUUAGAGCUUGGAAAAAUGAGGGAAGAUUUCAUCAAAACUUACAAAAUUCUUAAAGGGCUUGAAGGCUAGAUGCAGAGAGGACGUUUCUCCUGACGAGGGAGCUGAGGGCCAGGGGUAAUGGUCUGAGAAAAAAGGGUAGGUCAUUUAGGACUAAAAUAAUGAGAAAUAUCUUCAUUCUGAAGCUGGAGAACCUUUAGAAUUCUCUACCCUGGAGAGCUAUGGUAUCUCGGUCAUUGUGUUUACUCAAAAUAGAGAUUGAUGAAUUUCUGCGCAUUAAAGGAAUAUGGGGACAAUGCUGGUAAAUGGCACUGAGAGGGAAGAUUGACCAUGAUCUUGAUGAAUUCUGGAACAAAACUGUAGUGUUGCAUGACCUGUUUCUGCUCCUGAUUCUAUGUUCCCUCUACCCCUGCAAUUUAUUCUCACACAUGCCCAUAAACUUCCCAUUGAGUUUUUUUUUGCCAUCAACCUACACUAUGGAGUAAUUAACACUAGCACUAGCACAUCUUUAGGAUGAGCCAUGAAACUGCAGGACCAAGUAUGUCAUUGAGAAAACAUACAAAUCCACAUCUGGGGUCAGGAUUCAACCAUUGAAUUCAAUGGUCACUUUAUAUUGAAUUAACAUCAGCAGUGAAACAGGUUCAUCCUUUCACUGUUCAGGGUAGGAUGAGGGAGGAGCGAUUGACAAGAUGGCUUGGACAAAUGGUUCACUUUAUGUCCAUGGUGGAAAUUGGGAGAUACGUAGAAAACCAGAGCUAAAUUGGCAGAGAGAAGUUAGUAUUGUUGAUAUAAAUGUAUGCAAGAGGUAAUUGGGUGUAUUUCCAGGGAGAGAAAGAUUUAAGGGUUUUGGUGAGAAUUUUAAUAAUAACACUGGUAACAGCAUUCAGCUUUGGUCUUUACAUUCAGCAUAACCCCUCCAGUUGUUCCUCACUUGCCAAUCUUUAUAUAGGGCUCUCUCCCUAAAUUUUCCCUCUGCAUUUUUUUGGCCAACAUUCCUAAACUUUCUUAAAUCCUCUUCUGAUUCUCUCAAUGGCUUCUUUACCUGUUGUUCAUGCCUCACUUGUGCACACUAUGGGCACAUGUGUAAGCAUUUGAGGAUAUAGUGUGUAUUUAGUUUGUCCCUUUAAAAGAGCGCACUGCUUGUAAGUGCCAAUACAGGAUCUGGAAAAGCUUAGAGAAUGUUAUGCUCAGAGUCCCAUGCCGUUAAGAAGGGUGCACCAGCCACAGUCUAACUUUUGGCUUGCAAUGGGUACGAAAACUAUUAUGUAAAAGCAGAUCUUGUGGAUUGGCACAUUUCCAAUCCACAAGGUCUGCUUUUACAUAAGUUUUCAUAUAGAUGGUUUUAGUAAAUCCUCCAAAGGGACUGUUUAUUGUGCACUAUUUAUUAAUUAUUGUGAUUACAUAUUUUCUGUUGAGCCAUGUAGAAAUUAACUUUUUAUCAGCAAUGUUCAUUUUGAAUUGUACAUGUGUUAGUAGUUUAAAGUGUGUAGCUGGUAAUGGAGGCCAUAUUAAAUGGACUACCAACAUACUGCAUGUAAAGGUAUUACUGUAUGACAGUGUACACGUGUGAGACAAAAUGCACUUUCAUUAAUAAAGA